GCGCCUUUUGGCUGCUAGCUAUCUUGCUUGUUUGUGUGCUGGAACGCGGGAGGGCUCUCCAGUUAGCAUGUGUAAACUGCAACAUCUACGUGUUGUCUGGACAUGAUGGUCCUCGUAACGGUUUGCUUUCAUGAAUUCUCGUGUGUCAUGAGCUAUUAAGUUGGACUGUGAUGGAAUUCACUGCGUGCUAAAUGCUAACACGGUUAGCCUUGAAUGAAAACAAGCACGUGAGUCCAGCCUUUAAAUGUACAAGCCCGUCCAGGUUGUUGACAGGACAGCCUUGUGCAUUGACAGCCUUCUGCACGGUGCGCCGUAUUGAUCAAGAUUGCCUUUACCAGUGUACAAACCCUGCAACGAAAGACACAGGAGGGCCAUUCAGAAGAGCCGAGGGUCAAAGGUGAGAAGAGCAGAGGGCACCAUGAGCGAGCCGGGGCCCCCAGCUUCCACAGGCGGCAGCACCGGGACCACCAUCUCCUCCGGCACCACCAGCUCUUUCUCCACCACCACUACCACCACAGCCAUCAACAGCACCAUGACAGCUUCUACUACUACUACUAUUGCUGCUGCUGCUGCUACUACUACUACUACUACUACUACUACUACUCCUGUCACUAGCAGUACUAAUAGUAGCAAUAGCAGCACUAGUAGUAGUUCCACUAGCACCACCACUACAGCGAGACAGGCAGUGCCUCAAAUUUCCGUUUAUAGUGGGAUACCCGACCGGCAAACUGUGCAGGUGAUCCAGCAAGCUUUCCACAGGCAGCCCAACACAGCUGCCCAGUACCUGCAGCAGAUGUAUGCAGCCCAGCAGCAGCAUCUCAUGUUGCAGACCGCCGCCCUCCAGCAGCAGCACAGCCUCAGCACCGCUCAGCUGCAGAGCCUGGCCGCCGUGCAGCAGGCCAGUAUUGCAGCUGGUCGCCAGAACUCCUCCCAGAACGGCACGUCAUCUCAAACAGGGUCGACUCAGGCUACGAUCAACCUGACCACCUCGCCGGCUGCAGCUCAGCUGAUCAGCCGGGCGCAGAGCAUCACUUCCACUCCCACCAGUAUUUCCCAGCAGGCUGUUCUUCUGGGCAGCCCUUCAAGCACCGCCCUCACAGCCAGCCAAGCACAGAUGUACCUGCGUGCACAGAUGGCCCAGCAGAGCAAUGUUUUCCAGGCCCAGCAGAGUAACCUGGUGCAAGUGGCCAGGAGUUUGGGCCGAGCCGUUCCGCUGUCGCCGCAACUGAUCUUCACUCCGACGGCCACCGUGACCGCCGUGCAGUCUGAGAGCUCCACACAGGUCUCCUCACAAAAUCAGGUUCAAAAUCUGGCCAUACGUGGCCAGCAGGUGGCGACCACGUCCUCCUCUCAAACUCAGACUCUGCAAGCCCUCAGUCUGAAGCAGACCCCCGUGCCCAUCCAACCUGCCUCGCUCAUCAAGAACCCCAGCCAGGGAGCCAGCCAAGUGUCUGCAGGAGGCAAGCCGGGCUCAUCCGAGAGCCCAUCUUCUGAGGGUGGAAAGAAGGGGGACGUCACAGAGGCCCAAGCCAUUAACAUGAGCCGCAGUGUUACAGCACUCAGUGCGCAGCCUCUCAUUGCUCCGGCCUACACGCAGAUCCAGCCCCACUCGCUGGUCCAGCAACACAAGCAGCAGCAGUUUUUGGUCCAUCAGAGCCAAAGCUCCCAAAGGAUGCCCGGUCAGCUCCUGCAGACGGCGUCCAUUCAGCCAUCACAGCACCCUGUGCCCGUGUUGCCCAAACCAGCAGCGCAUCAGCCUUUGACACCCAGCCAGCAGGCCACCAUCUUCCACUCCACCAUCAGCACCCACGCCCUCCACUCCGCCCCCUCCCCAACCUCCUCAUUGGCCAAAGCCCAGCCCGUGCAGCUCACAGCCAUCAACCUACAAAUCCAGCCAACGGCCUCUCGGAUGGUUCAGGACAGUAAAGAUAAGCCAACUUCCCUGGUGGUGAGAGAGACGUGUGCAGCCCCGACCACACAGCAGCAACAAAAGCCGCCGCCUCUACCACCACCACUACCUCCGCCACCAACGCCACUACCGCAACAGCAAAAGCAGCAGCAGCACAGUGCGCCUACACCAUCGCAACCCACCAAGCCUGUAGAGCAGCCCAAGUACAACCCAACAACACCCGCUGGUCAGCCACAAGGAGGGGCUACAACCAAGAGGCCGACGGCUGCACCUAGGACGCCGCCCCCAGCUAUGACCUCAGGAAAUGAGAGCGAAGCGCCAAGCGUGACGGCCAUCGCGCCACACAACGGCGAGAACAAGCUGCCCCAGGCUAUAGUCAAACCGCAGGUUCUCACGCACGUCAUUGAAGGCUUUGUCAUCCAGGAGGGCGCAGAGCCAUUCCCAGUGUGUGUGGAGCGCCUUCCUAUCCUCAUCAACAGCCCCAAGAAGCUGGACAGUCAGCUCUCCUCCGACCCUGACAAAACCCCUGUCAGCAAUGCGGCAAACUCCGACUCUGAGCCCGAAGACAUGAACCAGACAGAACAGGAACAAGAACCCAAGCUGACGUGUGAAUACUGUGGCUGGGUAGACUUUGCUUACACUUUCAAGGGCACCAAAAGAUUCUGCUCCAUGGUUUGUGCAAAGAGGUACAAUGUGGGCUGUACAAAGCGCAUAGGACUGUUUCGUCCAGAGAAGACCAAACCAACAAAUCGCUGGCGUAGAAGAAGUCAGGGCCGUUCAAGCAUCGAAGCAAAGAAACGGAAGAUGUCCCCGUCGCCGCAGCAAGCUCAGGGCGGCUCUGUAUCUUCGCCGCAUCCCUGUCAGCCCAGCCAGGAGGAGUCCAGCCCAUGUUCCGAAAUGUCCAGCUACGAGGAGCCACCGUCCCCGCUGUCGGCAGCCAGCUCUGGACCCCUGGCCCCGCCGACUCCAGCCUCCGUCCCGGUCUCUGUCCAGCAGCAGCCCAGCCGGGCCUCAUCAGAGCAGGAUGGCUGCGCGGGGAGGGACAACACGGACGCUUUGUGUCAGCCUUUGUUACCCAACGACCCCACCAAGUGGAACGUGGAGGAAGUGUACGAGUUCAUCUGUUCGCUGCCAGGAUGCCAGGAGAUAGCAGAUGAGUUCCGCUCGCAGGAGAUUGACGGCCAAGCUUUGCUCCUGUUAAAGGAGGACCACCUGAUGAGCACCAUGAACAUUAAACUGGGACCUGCGCUUAAGAUCUUUGCACGCAUCAACAUGCUCAAGGACUCGUAGCAGGAGCGAGUGUCUGUUGCUUUGUGUGUGCGCGCGUGUGUGUGUGUGUGUGUGUGUGUGUGUGUGUGUGUGUGUGUUAGCAGCACAGGACAGCGCAGCACUGACUGCACUAUGACGUCACCAUCUCAUGUUUGCAGACUUUUUGCUCUCUAAUGGCUGAUCUUGUGUGGCUCGAGUGUGGAAGUUUUUUUCUUUACUUCCAUAUGGAGAACUGAUCACUCCUUGAGAUUAAAAGUGUUAACGUAGAGAAAGUUUCUCUAGUAAAUGUGGUUUACAGAAGAAUAACAAUGAAGUAUAAACAUAAAGGGCUGAGAGUCUGAUUAGUAGCACUGCUAUGACAUGAAGUGUUUUUUUAAAGAUGGGUUUUUGUACUUUUGUCAGCCUAGGGAAAAAUAUUUUGGUUUUGGGAGCAAAGGAUUGUAUUAAUUAUUGUUUAUUCAUCAGGACUCUGCUUUUGUAGAGUUAGGCUGCCUAGAAUCUUUAGUCGUAUGUAUUCAAAUGUUUCAACAGUUCUGCUCAUGGCACUUAUUGUCUCAGUGUUGCCUCCACUUUAAAGUGUGAGAAAUGUGGAGUUGCCAGAUGUGUAAAUAGCAGCAAGACUGAAACUGUGCGCUUAACUUAUCCUUGUUAUUUUAAUACAAAAAGGAUGUUUAAUAUUUUGAAAUAUGCAAAUGUAUAAAAAAAUACAUUGAUCUGGAGUUUUUUCUAUUUGUUUUUGGAAAGAUAUGACAUCUGUGUGUGUGUGUGUUUAGUGGCAAUGGAGGACUUUUAUAGGUAAUAAAUAUAAGUGUAAGUGUGCUUUGUCAAAUGCUUGUAUUUAUCAGCACAGUUUGGUACACAGCUUUUUUGCAGCUAUAAAUGAUUUGAACAUCAUUUUUGGCCUUUUGUGUCCUGUCUUGUGCCAUUUUUACAGAUUCACAGAUCCCCUCGAUUACCACUCGAGCGGUCACUCCGGUAAGAGCUGUCAGCUUCUUUUUUCUUAGCAGGUGAUGGCUUGUGAUGUUCUCACGUUGUUAUGCCUUUUUUGUGUGCAAAAGUAGGAGCUGUUGCAAAUGUACAGUACAUGACUGACAUCCUUGCAGGAAGAGGCCUGUUGCUUGAUUGUGUGCUGCUGCAGGACCUCCUACAGGAGGAGAGGGGCGCUGUUGGUUGGCUGGUAGACGUGAUUACCUGAGGUGCACGGCAAGUUAAAGGUAUCACCAUUUAUCUUAUCAGGGACAGUGCAUAUUAAUGAACAUCUGCUACAAAUACAGCUGUAAAUAUGCCAAAUUAUAGCACAACUGCUAUACACUAUUUACCAUAUCUGUUUACAAUCGCUUUCUGUUCAUUUUUAGAUGGAACAGUGACUUGUUAUACAACUGCGGACUUGACAGCACAACUUUUAAUGACAAUUUAAGUUUGCAUGUAAUUGUGCUCUGAGUGCGUGCAGAGCUGAUUAUAAUUUCAGCUUCAUCCAAAACCAUGAAGAGAGUUUCCUUGGGGCCAUGCUGGAGGCAUUUUAGGAGUAGAUGCCCACUCCCAGUCAUGCAAGUUUUCUGCUUCUUACUUAAGCGAGUCCAAAUAAACUUACUUCCAACUAGAAGUAGGGAUUAGCAGUGAGAAAUAAAAGACAAUACUAUAGAAUGUCAACUUGGACAUACAGUAUUUUAGAGUAGUGUACAAUUGUACAGCAGUGUAGAUUUGCUAUCCAAUGAAAAUGAGUCAACCCACAGCCAUUAUUGUCUAAACAGCCGGCUACACAAGUGAAGAACAGUGCACGAGUGCAGUGCACUGGGGAACUGCGGUUCAUUGAUGGAAAGGUGCAUUUCAACAUGUUCU